GGUGAAUUCAGAUGUUACAUUUUCGUUCGUCUGUUUUUGUGUUAAUUUCAUAUUUAACCAAACUAUGAAGCUAUUGUUACUAUUUUAAUACACUGAAUAGCUAUGUAACACCCAAAAAACUAUUAAAUCAUAGUAUAAUUCAACCUAAAAUGUAUUCCAACAAGGAUGCGGCAAAUCCAGGAUAUCCCACCCAGUGGGCCUUGAAUCCAACGGCCUAUCAAAAUGUGGACUGCAGUGAAGUCGACUGGGCGGCAUUGGCUCAGCAAUGGAUAGCAAUGAAAGAAGCUGCUGCCAUAGUGGCACCGGCGCCACCUCCACCCAAACUCGAUGUAGAGGAAGGAGAAGCCCCCAUGGAGGUGGAAAAUACCGAAAACAACACCGAUGUACAGUUGCCUCCAGGUGCAGAGUGGAACUCAUCAACGAAUUCCUGGGGCGGUUCAUGGAAUCAAUGGGGAUGGGGUUGGCCAGGUCAUGGAGAUCCAAAAGUUCCUUCCGAACCUACUUUACCUUUGAUCGACGGGUUUCCCAUGCAACCUGAUGCAACUGGACCUUCCAUAUCAGGCUAUACAACUGCAGCAGGGAGUGGACCUACAUUUCAACAUGGGUACUGGACAGCUCCACAAGCUGAUCAACAAACAUCAAAUAGAAGUAAUAGUCAAAAUAGAGAUAGAAGGUCAAAAAGCAAGAAUAAAGAACACAAUAAAACCAGAAUUCCAAGGCCACAAAGAGAUAAACCAGGAAUAAAUCCAGUUAUUCCACCAGCUAUGCCUGGCAUUGGCAUGCCGACGAUUGAUGCUGCAAAAAGAAGACAACUUCCAGCUUGGAUAAGAGAAGGUUUAGAAAAAAUGGAAAGGGAAAAACAGAGGGCAAUAGAACGAGAACAGGAAAAGAAAGCAAGAGAAGAAGCAGAAAAAGAGAAAAAACGGUUAGAAGAAGAAGAGUUGGAGCGAAUGAAGGCAGCUGCUAGUGGACAACCUGUACCUCCACCUAAAAGCAAAUUCGAGUCCGAUUCGGAAACGGAAGAAAUGGAACCAGACACCAAGGAGGAACCUUCAGCGUCGACUCCAAUUAAGGAAGAACGUGGUGAGAUUCGUCGUGAGGAAAAUGAAAAGAUUCGAGAUGUCCCUUCCCCUCUCAUUAAGAAAAGUAAAGACGAGAUUAUGCAGGAAGUAAUGCUGGCGGUCCGGAGAUCGCUAACAGAAAUCCUGCUAGAAGUGACCGACCAGGAAAUUGAAACGGUGAGCCAGGAAGAAUUGGCCCGAUAUACCGCCACUCAAGCAUCGCGCAUCAACGCCAUGAAGGCGGGCAAGUCGAAGGCACUCGCCGCCAUCGCUUCGGGCCUCGGGUUGGGAGCUUACGAAAGCAGCAGCGGCGAGAGCGAUGACGAAAAUCAAAAUGAUAUCAGCGAUCAACAACUACAGGAGAUGAUAAGGCGUAAGAAAAUAGAGUUCGAGCGGACAGCCAGAGAGAUAGAAGCGGAGGUUCGCCGAGCCGAACGUGACGGUGACGGAGUAUCAACACCAAUCCACAACACACCAGAGAGGCCUACGAAAUCGGAGCGACGUUCCUCAGCAACACCGCCUUUAGAUAGCGAAACACCCGAAAAAAUACUAGACAGACGACUAUCUAAAGAUAAGAAGAGCGUACACAAAUCAUCAGAUAAAGUCGACGGGAUCAAGAAAUUGGAUCCCAUUUUAGAAGAAAGAUCUAGAAGAAACAGUAAGCGUGAGCACACCCCUAGUCCACAGCAUAAAAAUAACUAUAAAUCAAACGAUAAGGAGAGUACGUCGUCAUCCAGCGACUCUGAUGAUGACUCCAGCAGUAGUUCGAGCGACUCGUCAGAAAGCGAACCCGAACCGAAACGCUCGAAAAAACGGAAACGCAGAAGCUCGAGCUCCAGCCAUUCCCGAAAGAAGUACAAAAAGGAGAGAACCAGAAAAGAUAAAUACAAAUCGCACGAUAGACAUUACAAAAACGACGAAUAUGACAGAUACAGUUCGAAAAAGAAGGACGUUUACCAAGAGAAACACAAGUCGUCCAGGAGCAGCAAGGAUUACGACAGGCAAAGGUACAGAGACGGGUCGGAGGAGGAGAGGGGCAGGAAGCGAGCCAAGCGGUCGCCGAGCCCGCGGCGCCGCGACCACGACAAGUACGAUAGGUAUGAGCGGUCUAGGGAUCCGCGACGGUCGCGCAGUACCAGCUACUCCCGCCAUCGUCGGUGAACAUCAGGUUACAAACAUUGCAGGUUGUAUUUUUAUCUAAUUAUCAUCACAGUAAAUACCCUCUGUAACAAGGAUCAGAAGUUUUUAACUUUUCACAUACAUUAUUAUAAUAAUGACGUCUGAAUGUGGAACAUUCAGUUUGAAAAAAAAAAGGAAAUUGAAUAAAAAAAUAUUAACAAGAAAGUUUCAUUGUUUAUCAAGAUCUAUAAAAUGUACUAAUUUUUUUGUUUCUACUAAAUCUCAUGUUUCGUUUAUUUAUUUCAUUUAUAUUCUUAGCAACUGGACCUUGACUGUAUGCUGAUGAAAGAUUCAUUAAGCUGAAUGAUACAAAUAAAAUAUUAUAAACCAUGGGCAGACCUCAUGUUAAAUCAAUAAUUUAAAAGAAACCAUUUAACACUUCUUUUGAGAUAAAAUGUUCCUGUCACUCCAAACUAGAAACUUAUCUUUGCAAAAAAUCUUUAUGAUAGAAGACAAGCAAAACAUACACUUUCUCAUUUAUAAUAACAGUAAACAAUCUUACUACAGUAUAAAAAAUUACUUUAUUCACAAUCAUUUAAUUUAUAUUCAAGAUCUAAUUUGAAAUAAUAUUUGAAA